GUGUGGCCCGGGAAUUACGUGAGAAAUGUUAAUCUCCUGGCGCGGCCGUGCGCACGCUGCUGUCGACGCUCUGUGACGCUGAGUGCGUGGCGAGAUGUCGACGCCCCGGCUCCGGGGCCACGACAUUCCCAUGGAAACGUAGACGCGGGAGCACCUGCCGCGCCCGGCGUUGUUACGCGAUGUUGCUCCGUACCGCUUCGUGCGGUUAGGUUAUCCACGGAUUCCGACGUAGCGAUCGCGUCCACGGGAUUCUCUGACCAUCAUCGUCCUUAACCCGCCCAAUUAGUAAGCACGGAAGACUCAGGAUCCGGAGGACACACGUAACGCCUAGUGGAAGAAGAUAACGAGAGAGAGAGAGAGAGAGAGAGAGAGAGAAAGAAAGAAAGAGAGUACAAGCCGAAGUGUUAGUGUUCGCGUAACGUUGCCAUCCUUAUAUUUCGUACAAUGAGUAGCUGGACCGAGAGAAUGCAUCGACGCGCCGCUACCUUAGGAAAUGUUGUAACCAGCUGUGGACAUCCCUCGGUGCCGCCAUAUCCAAGACGCCUUGAGAAGGUCAAAUUUGGAGUACCCCUCGAUGAGGUGUGCAAAAACGAUAUUCCCGGCCCUUUAUUGGUUCUCAUACUGAAAUUAAACAAGGAAGCCCCGCUCAGGAAAGAUGUUUUCCGGGCGCCUGGCCACCAGGGUAACAUGAAGAAACUCAUUCACUUUCUGCAAACUGGACACCUGGUCAAUAUGGACAAUUUUAGCGUUUACACGAUAGCUAGCGUUCUAAAGAAGUUUCUACGCAAAAUACCGGGCGGCGUGUUUGGGAAGGAAGGGGAGCAGCAAUUAUUCACCGUGAUUCAGAUGGACAGCAUAGAACAACAACGGGACCAGAUUCACAGAUUGAUCACCUCCUUGCCGAUAUACACACAACGAUUGCUGGUGCUGCUGUUCGGGACAUUCAGGGUAGUAGCGGUAAAUAGCGAACUCGCACACACGGGGAUGUCCAGCGAGGCCCUGGGAGUGUCCGUAGCGCCGUCGUUCUUCCAGAGCUGCGUGAGCGACGGCAAGACCGCCAAGAUGGAGGAUGUUCUCAGAUUCAAAGUAGCGACGCGCGUCACCAAAUUCAUGAUAGAUAAUUUCGGCGUGUCGAAUCUCUUCGGCCGAGACAACUACGAAUUUUACGCGCGCAUCACCGGCAGAAUAUUGAAAGUGGAGGAGGACUGGGUGUUCAGUUUCCGGUAUCCACCGGACAACCUCGUGUCGAGACAGUUGUCGUUGGAGGCCGAGAAAACUUGGAUGCAAUAUGAGUGCGAAAGGUGGGGCCUGAAGUUCAACUUAGAAUGUAUGUCGCAUCAAGAGGAGUCGCAGUCAACCCCGGCACUAAUUCACAUGCCUGAAACAUUGGAGCUCACUUCGUCGUUAGGCAUGAUCCCCGAGAACACUCUGCUUGAGAGCUACACGCGGCUCUCGGUUAGUUUAGAGGAGAACGGCCUGUUCCAGGUAACCUUCCACGAAAAUAAGACAAGAGACGAUGACUGUGCGGUACGUCGCGUACGUCGAAGAUCUCCGCAGCGCAACAGACGGACUUGCUUCUUGCAGGCGUCCAGCCGGUCGUCCAGCAACGGCAGCCAUCAUUCUAGACACGCGGUGAUGACAUUGGAUGAGCUUCGCGCGGUCAAUCGCUACGCCGAGAGCACUAAGAGUCUCAGCUACCUGCCGCAGGUUCACGAGAGGCAAGCCGCACGAAUGCGCACUCGCUCCGAGUGGUUUCUCACGCCGGUCGGGGAAAGACUGACAGCGACGGACAGCGACCCCACGGCGAUACACGUUCUGCGCGGUUCUAAUCGGUCCUCCUCCGGCAAUAUCGCCGCAGGUCUGAGUGCUAGCGCGGAGUCGGUGAAGCGGCCGAGCCUACGGAGAACGUCAUCCAGGGAAAAGCAACGGCUGCACCGCAGCUCGUCCCGUCGCAACAAGGAGAACGGCGCGAAGGCGCGCACGGCGGAGGCAGCGUGUAAGUCUCGUUCCUUGGAGACGAUGAAGACGAAGAUUGUGCGGGUGGUGGAGCAGCCGGCCGAGAAGAAGAUCCUCGACAACAGCCGGGAAAUCAUCGAGGAGCGCAAGGAACACGCGUGCACCACCCACGGCGGCGACGGCACCAUCGGCCCGCAGGAUUGCACCGAGAUGGACGUGCAGAGCUUUCACGUCACUCUCACGUACAAACCGCGGAUAUAAACGACCUUUAGUUCAAUCUCGGCGUUCAAGGGAGUAUCAGCAAUCUCGAUGGCAACCGAUCUUCUUUACGCGAAAUCGCCUACGUACAUUGGUAAUGUUCAUUAAUACACGUGUGCACACUCCGCGUUAUGUAUGCCUUGACACUCCCUCACUCAGGAGUUACGCGAUUUUCAGCCUUUGUUAUGUACACGUGAGGCCGUGCAUGCAUCGGAAAAAGAUGAUCUUAAAUCAAUGAUAGGUAUUUUCAUAUAUAAGCAAAUUAUAAUAUUCUUAUAUAGGCAUUUUAUAAAAUUCUUAGAAGAUUUUUAGCGUUAAGUCGAGUGCAAGUAAUACAAAUUCAAUUAAAUCUAGGCUAAAGAUCUUUUAAGAAAAUUAUAAUAUUCUUGCUUAUAUGUGAGGAUAUCUAUCAUUGAUUUAAGACUAAUUUUUUUCGUGUAUGUAGCUCUAGUUAUGAUGGUAAAGCAUACAAUGCACACAGUGUGUACUCUACAGUUUUGAAGGCUCGGAAAAACCAGUUUUUUCCGCGAAUUCCUUCGUUUUCUGUUCUACGGAUAGAAAAAAACGCGUCUAGACAAAUUCUCGCGUGUUCGGUUAAAAUCUGUCGCAUUUGCUCCUCUCCGAGAAAAGAAGAUAAGAAACCAAGAGAAUCCGCGGAAAGAUGGGGAAAAAAUUCGGUUUCUUCCGAGUUUGCAGAACUUUCGUGUGCUCAGAAGCCUACUUAUUCGUGUCGCAUUACUGUAAACUCUUCAUGUCGUAUUAUCGUCGACUCUUCGUGACGUAUUAUCGUAAACUCUACGGACGGUGUUCACAGUCGGAUAUCUUCAUUUAAGACGCUACACGGGCCGCUUCAUUGAAGCUACAGAACAUCCGAAGACGAAUCUUAGAAACGAUCUUAAAUAUCAAGGUCGGACCGUGAAUACCGGCUCGAGUAUUCGUCGCUCGCUGUUCUGAAACGUGGAGUUUCCUUUCGACACAUCAUUCGGUUUAUAAUAAUAACGACACUCAGUCUUAUCUCGCGCAUGCUAUAAGGACGAUCGGUUGUGCCGGCGAGAAUGCGCGGGCCUCUUCAUUUCUCCUCUCAACUUUUCAUCUUAACUCCGUGAACGCGCGCUUUCUCUUAUCAUUAUUCCUUCUUAAUUUUAAUUUUAACUCCGCGAAUGCGAAAUGCUUUCGGUUACUCGGGUAACAGAUGAUGACACACACACACACACACACACACACACACACACACACACACACACNCACACACACACACACACACACACACACACACACACACGUAUAUAUAACGUGGCAUUCCAAAUGCAUUUACUCGUCCCUCCGAUAUUUUAAUUCGUCUUUCUCGUAUGUGCGCGCGCGAGAGCGCUCCCGGCGAUGUUACUCUUGGCGUUUUAUCUUUCUUCCUUAUUUAAUCGACAUCGCACGCUUUCUCCUCGCGCACACGUUUAUCGCCAAUCAUGUCGUACCAUUGUAUAUCUAUUCCAAGCUGUAGAGCGCCGGGCAACGCAAUGUCUAAAAUUGAGACAUGAGACAUGUCUUAAAAGUAUAUUUAAGACUCACGUCUCGAUUUCAGACAUUGUACUAUUUGGAGAUACGAUUCUUAGACGCGCACCUCCUCGGCGAGACUUUCGGUCGCGUCGGGAAAAAGGAGAGAGAGAGAGAGAGAGAGAGAGAGAGAGAGAGAGAGAGNGAUUCAGUAGGUUUUUUGUAAAUAUAUCACGCGUUCUGUGGAACAUUUUGUUCGGAUCGCGACGGGGCGCUCGAGCGUUGCGAUUCGAAACGCGAACGCAUCGUCACGGAGGUUGUUACAUGCCAAAUUAGUGAUAAUUAUAAGCCAUCAUCGAUUAGAUAUAUUACGAUCGUCGUACUGUCAUCGUACUAACCGAUUCGUUUACGUAAGACUCCGCUACGAUAGGGGCUAAUGAGACCGCAAGACACUAUUCGACGUUAUUGCCGUCCGCGCGAGAGAGCCGAAAGAGUCUCUCUCUCUUAUGGACGAGGCGUAUUUACUCCGUAAGUUAUGUUUCCUUGUAGAUAAUGAUCGGUGUACGUAUAAGUAACAUGUUACAACGAAAGUAUUCCGUAUUUAAGAGGAAGUAUGACGAAGAGUCGUACGGGAAAACUCGCUCGCGUGCGACGAUUCUUCGGUUUCCCGAGCGAUAUUCCGUGUCGCGUUAACGAUGGACCAAUCGUGGUCUCAGGGCCUCUAGGUUGAUCAUGUAACUUCUCCCCGGUGAAUAUUAAGACGUGCCAAGACGUCGUAAAGAUGUCCUUGAGACAAUGAAACGUUUGAAGGAUAUCUCUGAGACGGAUAUCUUUUAGACAUCUGUGUUGUUGUGCGGAUCCUUAGGUGAAAACGUGAAAAAUGAAAAUUCUAAGUGUUUUCAAAUUAUGAAAUUUAUUCUUUUCAAGUUCCUGCUAAAGGAGAAGAUUCAUAAUCAAUCCCUAAAGGAUCAUGAAUUUUUUUCUCUCGCGUGAACUCGUGAAAGGAAGAAAUUUUAUAAUUUUAAAACAUUUGGAAUUUUCAUGUUUCCGCUCUAGGGAAAAAUUAUGUGAUCGAUACCCUGAGCAAAAUGGUUGACUUGUUGAUUCAAGACGAUGUCUUGUACCUUUUACGGCGCAUACAGUACUUGUGCCUCAAAUCUUUGUAUGGAUGUAGUGUCAAUGUUGCAACGUCGUGUUGCCAGUAAAUAUAACAUGUAAAAAUAUGAAAGCAACAAUUUUAUGAUUACUAAUAUCGAGUGAAUAUUUUGUAUUAUAAAAUAACGUGUUGAUAUAUAAUACUUGUGAGUAUGUAAUGUUUGACAUUUUCAAAUGUAUUUUGGUAGGCAAGUAUAACUUAAUUUCUUCGUGGAGAAAGAUUCGUUUGAUAUACUUUGAACAUAUACACAUAUUUAAAUGUAUAUUAUAAUACUAAACGUAUACUGUAUAAUACUGUAAUAUUAUUAAAUUAAAAAUAGUUUGGUAGUAUAUUAUACAAUAUAUUAAAUGAUUUUUUUUCUCCAUAGUUAUAUUCAUCUAUCAAAACACAUUUCAACGCAUGAAACUUACAUAUUUAUGAGUGUUAAAUGUAUUACAUAUUUAUUACCUAUUUAUGAGUGUUAAAUGUAUCAUUAUACAUAUAUAUGGAAUAUUAUGAGUGUUAAAUGUAUCAUGUUAUACAUAUAUAUGGGAUAUCCAUACAAUAUUAGUAAUCGUAAAAUUAUUAUUUUCAUAUUUUUUACAUACCGCGUUUAUUAACAUUACACAUACACGUUAAAGCUAAAGAGACAAGACAAGUUCUGUGCGUUACAAAAGACAAAGACUUAAGAUAGAAAACAAACAACAUAUGUCUAAAAGGCGUCUCAAAGACGUAGUUUAGACGUUUUAUUCUCUUAAAGACGUUUUUAGGACAUCCCAAUAUUCAAUGCACUGUCUUAAACCGAUAAGUCAGUCGUUUUGCCAGGACUCUUGCUUGUUAGAGCGAAAAAUAUCACGCGAAAUAAUCUCAGUGGUCGUGAGAUCGCAACAAUCCGCCGCUCGAUUAUCACGAAGCGAUAUUGUUUCGAGAAUCUGAGAUACAGACAUCGUUGACCGAGCACGGAAUAUACUCGUGACCGGCUUGCGUUAUCGGUUAAACCGACAAACACCGAUCUCGAAAAGGAUAGGCAAUCGGGGCUCGCGCAACUGCGGAGGAACGUGUCACGCGGAAGCGAGCGCUCUCGCAACAAAAAAUAUUCUGACACGGCUGCGUUCCGAAAUUCACUACCAGUACUAAAAAUCUAUAGUUUAUAUUACGUGUAUUAUGUGGAUUUUCAGUAUUGACUGAGUGAAUAUUGGAACGUAACCGUGGAAAAAGAAGACAAAGCGGAAGGAGAGAGACAGUCCCGCGUUGUUCGUUCAAGUUUCUCGCAAUCUCUGUUCUUCGUGGAGGCGAAUUGUCGAACUACGUAAAUUAUAAAUUAUUAUAUUUAUAAGACUACAUAUAUAUAUAUAUAUAUA